AUGAAUGGCUGCGGUCUCGAGUUCCGCGUGUUGUUUUGUCCAUCAUAUAAGGACUAUGGCGCCGCUGAUCUCAUGGGUGUGUGUACCAACUGCAAAGCCAAGUCCUCUCUGUUCAAAACAUCGGUUUCCACGAGAUCAACAUCUUUCAAGACCUCCAUAAUGAAGAACUUUCAGUUGACCGUGCUGAGCGCCCUAGCCGUCCGCUACGCUGCGGCCCAUGCCACGUUCCAACAACUCUGGGUCGACGGGGUGGACAAGGGAUCGACCUGCGUGCGACUACCCGCGUCAAACAGCCCCAUCACCAACGUAGCCAGCGCCGAUAUUCGAUGCAAUGUUGGGGGCACCAAGGGAGUCUCUGGGAAAUGUGCCGUUAAGCCCGGCUCGGUCGUCACGGUGGAGAUGCACCAGCAACCCGGUGACCGAAAGUGCGCAAACGAGGCUAUUGGCGGGGCUCACUAUGGUCCUGUCAAUGUGUAUCUGAGCAAAGUUUCCGAUGCAUCCACAGCAGACGGGUCAAGUUCCUGGUACAAGAUCUUUGCCAACUCUUGGGCAGCCAAGUCCGGGGCCGGGUCAGGCGACGACGACUAUUGGGGGACCAAGGACCUGUCCGGCUGCUGUGGCCGUAUGGACGUGCCCAUCCCAGCGAAUACACCGUCAGGAGAUUACUUGCUUCGAGCUGAGGUCAUUGCUCUACACACAGCAUCCUCAUCCGGUGGCGCACAAUUUUAUGUUUCCUGCUACCAAAUUACCGUCGAUGGUGGCUCUUCCUCGGCUGCCGUGCCGGCUGGUGUCAGCUUCCCCGGUGCCAUCAAGGCCAGCGACCCGGGUGUCUUGAUCAACAUUCACUCCAAGCUCUCGUCUUACACGAACCCUGGCCCGGCCGUGGCAUCGGGCGGCGAGACACGAACACCUGGAGCGGCUUGCUCCGGUUGCGAAAAGACAUGUUCGGCCUAG